GCGGCCCGAGGCAGGCGGCGGCGACCCCGCGGGCGCCAUCACGGGCCGCGGCCGUGGGCCCCCGUGCCGCCGGGGAGUUGAAAGCAGAAGCCCCAAAAUGAGGAAGGUUUUGUGCGUGGAGCCCGUCAUUUUCGUCUACACGUUUGCUUCUUCCUUGACCAGCCCACUGGUGCAGCAGUUCAUCUACCGAAGGCUGUGGGAGGAGGAAUACAAUUCCACUUUCAUAAGCAAUAGCAGUGCUAGUUACUGUGAACAAAAUAAAAGUAACCCCACUUAUAUCAAGCAGAAGGAAGUUCAAGAAAAGGCCUCUCUUUUUAAUAUGCAGUUGGACUUAAGUGGGGCAAUUCCCAGCCUUGUAGUUGCCUUUGUCAUUGUAGCUAAUGGGGAUCGCCAGGGACGAAAAAGGUCUUUACUUUUACCAUCAGUGGGAGCUCUGAUUACAAACAUCUUCCUCACUAUGAUGUCGUAUUUUUCCUUGUCACUCUCUAUCUUAUAUGGGGUUGCAUUUAUUACUGGACUGUUUGGGAGUAUGGCAACUUUCCUAGGAGGAGGCUUUGCUUUUAUAGCAGAUCUGUGUCAUGACGAGAAGCAGAAAACAACACGAAUAGCUGUGGUUGAUUUGAUUUUUGGAUUUGUAUCUGGAUUGGCAGGACUAUCUUCUGGCUACUUUAUAAAAGGAGUAGGCUUUGCAUGGACAUUUGUGACAGCAUCUCUGCUUCACACCAUUAAUAUUAUCUAUAUUAUAUUUUGUCUGGAAGAUACAGUAGGUGUAUCUGAAUUCCAGCAACAAGAUCCAGUAUCUUGUAAAGAAGUUCUUAAAGAGACAUUUUCUGGAGUGUACAUGCUUUUUAAAGCUGCUCCUUUUAAAAAGAGAAUUUUAAUCAUUGUGUUACUGUUUACAUUUAUGACUUACUUAUUUACUGUGUUUGGUGGGAGUUCACUUUUUACACUGUAUGAACUGGAUGAGCCACUCUGCUGGAAUGAAGUAUACAUUGGAUAUGGAGCAGCUGCAUUCACUUCCAUCUCUCUGACUAGUUUUUUAGGAGUUUACUUAUUUUCUAAGUGCCUCAAAGAUAUUUAUAUUGUCUUUAUUGGAAUAUUUUCAUACAUUGGAGGAAUCGUCAUGGCUGCGUUUGCCAAAACUACCCUGCUCAUGUUUCUAGUAAGAAUACCAUCUUUACUUUGCUUUAUGCCUAUUCCUGUUUUACGAUCCAUGCUGUCAAAAAUCGUUCUUGCUAGUGAACAAGGUGCCGUGUUUGCUUGUAUUGCCUGUUUAGAAAUUGUGACCGGCACUAUUUCACUUUCAGUUUUUAAUAGUCUCUAUGCAGCUACUGUUGCAUGGUUUUCAGGCUUCAGCUUCCUCUUAUCAGCAGGCCUUUGUCUAAUUCCACUGAGUGUACUAUGCUGGCUUCUGUGCACAAGCUGGAAUGGAGAGGAUUUGGCUCUACUUGUACACGAAGAAGUAUCCAGCAUAGAGAGUACUGAUAGCUGAGCAAAAGAUUCACUUACCUGGGUUUUCUAAUCUGACAUGCAGUGGCGGAGACCAUUAUGUCACACAUGCAGCAUUGAGACAACACAACAAUUAAAGAUGCAAUCUAAAAGUGGCCCUGCAGCAAUAACCACUAACCUGAUAGCACUGUAUUUCCAGUGUCUCCUUUUAGCACUUGAAUUAAGCUAGCUCUUAUGCUUAACUAUGCAGAUAGGCUGGCAGUGGAGAUUUUAAUACUGCUUUCAACAUAACGAAAAAAUAAGGUAGGAUGAUAUUGUCUUUCCAGCUACCCUUUCUUAAGUUUGAAAAUGUUGGCUGUGGCAUGUCACAUAUUGUAUCAUUCUAAGUGGGGUGAUUAGCUCUUCGGCCAGCAUGUGUUGGGAAUUCCACUGAAGUCAGUGGAGCUCAUGCUGGCAAAGGAUGCAGUCCACUGUGGACAUCAUGAAAGCGCUGCCUGACUGUGAAGCACACAAAACUCUCUAAAAUUAUUAAACUAAAAGGUACUUUUUUUCAGAAGGCAACCAAACUGGAAGAAAUACUUGCAUCUGCUGUAAGCUGCAGUUAGCAGAAUAUGUUUGUGCAAGUUUAACUUAUGAUGUGUGGAUUUUGCCUGUGACUUAGUUUUUAAAAUGGAUUUUCACAAUGAGCAGUUGUACUUAGAAACUAUUUCCAGCUUGCAGAAUGUGAAGUUAGUUCUAUGCCUACUUAUUGCAAAAGCCAUAUUGCACAUUUCUAGGUUGUAAAUGUAUUAUCCUUUUCCAUGUAUUGGGGACUGCAUACAGACACCUGUAUUUUUUGUCCCAUGAGUACUUGUUUUGCAGUUAAGCUAGGCUGAACUGGACUUAAAUGUUUAUUCUAGUGAAAGGAUAUGAUAUCUUUUCUCUUCAGUGAAUCUUUUUUUUUAAUAACCCUGAAAUGAGGGGCAUCUAAUCAUCUUGCAAUGCAUGCAGCAUAAUUUAUUAGCACUUGAGUAGCAUUUCUCAACUUCAAAGCACCUUAUAAAUGCUAUUAAUUUUAAAAAAUUUCCCUCCGUAACAGCUACUCUUCUCCAUUUCAGAAGAGAGAACAGGGAGAACAAGUGACUUGUCCUCAGUCACAGUGCAAAUUAGAAAGAGCAACCUAGAAAUCAGUUUCUGCUCCUUGACUCUUCAGCUUUUUGCUUGAGAUCUUUACGUAGAAACUAGCACAGCUUCUGGAAUGCACAGCACAGCAGAAGAAAUGUGAAUAUGGUCACCACGUUAAGGAGCACUCCCAUGUGCUUUUUAUAAGAGUUUUACAGCUAGUAUUGUCCUGAUUCCUGAAAAUAGGUAGGGUGUGUAUGAUUUUAUUACCCGAAAACAGAUUGGGUAGAAAAAUCAAAAUAUGGUAAGCUGGUUGACGUUAAAAUGGGAAAACUGUGGGAAAGGAACUGUGAAGUGGGAAACUGACUUCACAUGCACAUAGCAUAGGAUAAAAAUGACAGCCAUAGCAUACUCUGCGUAAUGAGUGGUCUACUAACAUGCAUUUAUAUCUGUCAUAUGAACAGAUUACUUCUGCAGUGUUUCUCAGUAGUAGUGACCAAAAAAAUACUGGCACAUCAGGAUGAUACUAUAGCAGAUCCUUUCUGUUUGAAUUACGACAUUGUUUCCAGGCUAUGCAUCAUGACCAGUGAGAUGUUUGGAAGGGAGUUCAUAUAAGGUCAAGGAGAGUCUAUGCUAUCCAGGAGACUACUAUCUGUCACUGCUGAAAGCAGUUCAGCGCCCUCCCCCCCAGGAUAAGGGCAAUGAACGUUUGCACAGCUAGUAAAUGCAGCCAGCUCUCGCUCUUUUGUCCUGACCUACCAAGGCUGAUGUUGGCAAUUAAAGACUGUUAAGCUCUUGCAGUCCAGUUUAAAGACUAGACUGUAAAUGAAGCUGCUUAACUGUCCUCCCUGAACUGCCUGAGUUGCUGCCAAUUUCUUAGAGAAGUGAGCUGAGUUUAUAUUGAUCAGUGGAUCCAAAAUAUGUUUCGGGCUUAAGUACUUCCAAAGAGAUUAACAAAACACUGAUCUGAAGGACUUAAGCACAAAGAUUACAUUGUCUUCUUUUCUUCUUUAUGCAGUUAUAUAGGUCUUUAUGAAAUGAACUAUUUCAUAGAAAACUGAUUAGGAAAAAAUAAAGUGGGAGUGUUCCUUCAUUUCCUCUUCUUCAGCAAAGGCCUCUACUAAACUGAUGGUAAGCAACAAAUACAUCUAAUUCAGUAGUAGCAUUCUGUUAGCACAAAUGAGGAUUUUCAUGUACAGUUCAGGGAUGGCUUUGUUAUGGUUUGAUCUUGCUGGACAAAACGUCUGCUGUUUGCAAAGUAUUUGUGGCAGACAGAGCCUUUAGAACUGGGUGUAAAAUUAGAUCCAAACAUGGAGGGUGUGAAAAGUGUUUUUAAAGUAUCUAACACAAUGUAAAUUGAGGAAACCAGGUACUCAUGCAUUUUUUAUUUCUGUAUCUUCAGGCUGUUGCUCUAUGUGUGUGUAUAUAUAUAAAGGCAAAUAUUUUGUAAGAAAUCAAUAAAGUGAAAUUUGGUCUUUUAAACUCA